AUGGCUGAACCCGAGGACGUUGAGGAAGAUCUUUUCGCGGAUCUCUAUGAAGCCGACGACAAUACAAGCCAUACCAUACCCAGUACGGAAACUUCAAAAUCUGUUGAUCCUGUGCCCUCGGCUGCACCUAUCAAUCCCUCCCAAAUCCCUAUUCAGUCUGUUGAAACUGGCCCGAUCGAAUUUGAGACGGACACUUCAUACCACCACCCGUAUCAAGGAGUCCACCAGAACGGCACGGAUCAUGUAGGUACUGGACGUGCACAUCAUGCCAUGUCUGGUGGUGGUGAGUCCGAGCCUCGAGGCACUGGUAUUAAAGAAGACGGGAAAAUGUUCAUCGGGGGUUUGAACUGGGAGACUACGGAUCAAUCUCUGAAGGACUACUUUUCUCAAUUUGGAGAGGUACAGGAAUGCACUGUGAUGCGAGACAGUGCUACUGGUCGCUCUAGAGGUUUUGGGUUCUUGACUUUCAGAGAUCCGAAGACAGUGAACACUGUCAUGGUCAAGGAGCACUACCUAGAUGGGAAGAUUAUCGAUCCUAAGCGUGCGAUCCCGCGUGACGAGCAAGAGAAGACUAGCAAGAUCUUUGUUGGUGGUGUCAGCCAAGAGGCCAACGAACAUGAUUUCAAAGAGUUCUUUGCUCAGUUUGGCCGCGUCAUCGAUGCCACCCUGAUGAUCGACAAGGAUACUGGUCGUCCCCGUGGCUUCGGAUUUGUGACCUUCGAUAGCGAGGCUGCCGUGGAAGCCGCUCUGUCGGGCCCCUUGGAGAUCUGCGGGAAGCCCAUAGAGGUCAAGAAAGCUCAGCCAAGAGGCAACUUGCGUGAUGAGGAAGACCGCAGGUUCCGCCGCGGCAGGGACGCUUUCCGAGAGGGUGGUCAAAUGGGGGGUGAUGGUUCCCAGCAGCAAGCGGGUGCACCGGGACAGGCCAACAUGGCUGGUGGAUUAACACCACAAAUGAUGGCACAGUACUGGCAAAGGAUGCAGCAGUAUUUUGCUCUGAUGCAACAGCAGAUGGCUGUCGCCGCCGCUCAGGGUCAGGGAAUGGGCGGAAUGGGAAUGGGUGGAAUGAACCCUGCCAUGAUGCAGCAAAUGCAACAAAUGAAGCAGAUGCAACAGAUGCAGAUGGGCAACAAUCAGCCUCAAGGCAGUCUCAGUCCUCCUUCGCAGAGCGCAACUCCUCAAGCCAUGCCGAACAUGAUGAACCCCGCUAUGAUGCAGCAAAUGCAACAGAUGCAGCAGAUGCAGAGCCAAGGGCAGGGCAGCAACGUUGGGGGCAUGCCGGCCCAAAUGGGAAAUGCUAUGGGAGGAGGAGGAGGUGGUGGUGGUGGUGGUAGUAGUGGUAGUGGUGGAGGAACACCAGGCAGUGCUAAUGGAAAUGGGAACUUCACUGGUCCUCGAGGGGGGCCUGGUUAUAACGCCCAGGAACAAAUUGCUUUUGAACAGCAAAAGUAUGAGCAGCAGCAGGCCAUGAAUCGCGCUGGAAGCAUGGGACGCGGACCCACUCCGCAACCUCAAAGCGCUGCCCCGGCGAACGCUCCCACAGGACCUAAGAACGCUGGCAAGCCAGGCGCCAAUUAUCGUGGAGGUGGACGAGGAGGACACCGCGGCUUCCAUCCCUAUGCCCGGGGAUAA